UAUUCUUAGUUUAUUUUCUUUCCUUAUGUUAUUAUAAUAGUCUUAUUUCUUCUGUUUACAAAAAUUCACUUACUGCUACAUUUUUAAAUUAUAUUAAUAACACUAUGACGGCAAAUAUUUAUGAUAAAUGUUCAAAUAAGGAUGGAGCGCGACCAUACAAGUGUCGAGACUAUGCAACAAAAAUAUCAUUAAAUUUGCAACAUUUUAAAAGAGACGGAAGGUUUUGUGAUAUAGACCUUAUAUCAGGGAAAACAAUUAUAAAGGCGCAUCGGGUGGUUUUAGCUGCAAGCUGUGCAUACUUCGAUGCAAUGUUCAGUGUGGGCUUGGAAGAAAGUCAAAAGAAUCAUGUUGCACUUCCUAGUGUACCUCCAGAUAUAUUACCUAUGAUAAUUGACUUCAUUUAUACAGGUGAAGUUAUUAUUGACAAAGCCACAGUGCAGCAUUUAUUAAUUGCUGCCGAUAUGCUGCAACUCCGAGAACUUGUCACAGGUUGUGGAGAAUAUUUGAGAAGAGAACUGCACCCUUCAAAUGCUCUAGGUAUUUUCAGAUUUGCGGAAGCACAUAACUGUAGAGAAUUAGCCGAGGAAGCUUUAGGCCACGCUCAGGCUAAUUGGAAUAUAGUUGCCAAUGGAGAUGAACUACUAGAACUACCGUUGGCACAAUUAAUAACCUUAUUAUCAUCAGAACAGCUAAAAGUAGACAGUGAAGCAGAGGUUUUGUAUCCAGCAUUACGGUGGCUAGAGCAUGAUCCCUCAUGUCGUAGACGUCACUGUUUCGAGGUAUUGAGUCAUAUACGACUGCCACUAAUUUCACCACAAAUUUUAGAUGAAGCCAUUAAAAAUGUACAAGAUCCGUCAAUCGCAGUGGCUUUGAAAACUGUUCGCGUAGAUAUGAAAACUGGUCGCGGCGCGUUAGUGUCGCUGGCGGCUGAGCCCCGCGCGCGCGCUCGCCGCCUGUUGGUGGUAGCAGGUGGCUCCUGUCAUGAUCACGCCAAGCACCCGCCGCUCUCCACCGACAACAUACUAUCCUCAGUUCUAAAGUUCGACUUGCUCAAAAGAGAAUGGGAGGAUCUAUCGCCAAUGGGUAUAGCCCGAAUCCAACCUGGAGUGGCUACAUUAGGUGGUCGUGUUUACGCAGUCGGAGGGGAGCAAGGUAGCCAAAUACUUGCGAAUGGAGAAGUAUAUGACCCCCAGACUGAUAAAUGGUCUAACAUAUCACCGAUGAAGGAAGCACGUUGUGAAUUUGGUCUUACUGGGUGGAAUGGAAAUUUGUAUGCUUUUGGCGGUUGGGUGGGGUCGGAUAUGGGAGCAUCUGUAGAAGUCUAUGACCCUGUAACAGACGAGUGGACGUCGACAGGCCGCAUGCCUGAACCUAGGUUUGGAAUGGGCGUUGUCAAUUUUGAAGGUCUUAUAUACGUUGUGGGUGGAUGUACGCAUACUUGGAGGCAUACCCGUGACUUACUAUGCUAUCACCCCUCUUCGCGUAAGUGGCACACACUAACUUCUAUGCGACAUCCUAGAAGUCAAGCGGCCGCGGUUGUUCUCGGAAACUAUCUCUACGUUAUAGGUGGCAAUGCUCCGAGGCGAACUGUCCUUACAUCAGUGGAAAGAUACAGUUUCGAUGAUGAUGCGUGGGAGGAAGUGUCAAGUCUAAAGGAAGCAAGAGCUGGUUGCGCCGCAGGUGCAGCAGAGGGUAUGCUAGUUGUAGCGGGUGGAGACAGCGAGAGCGGUGGAGAGAGAGCCUUCUACCGCGCCCGCACUAUGCUCGCCUCGGUCGAGAUAUAUGACCCGCGGGAGGAUUUAUGGCAGACCGGGCCCCCAUUGCCGCACUCUCGUGCAGAAGCUGGCGCGGCGUUACUCUGACAAAUGUUUGAUAUAUCAUCACCUAUUACAGUUAUACCGACGACUGGGAUGCAUAUGAUACCAGUCAUUUGUUACAAACGUACAAAUAAUAUAAUAAUAAUAACAGGACGAACACAGCGCCUUCUAGUCCCAAGCUUAGCAGGGCUUGCGUUAUGGUACUACACAACUAAUAUAAAUAAAUACAAACUUAUAUACAUCAUAAAUAAGGAAUAAGUUAAUUACCUGCUGUAACAAAUCAGCUAUUAAGUAGAAUAAAGUAACCUCAUUUUAAAAAUGUAGAAAGAAAUAGAAUAGCUAUGAUUACCCUGAAUAUGCCCUGCUAAUUUUCCUUAGUAAAUCUAGUUUUCGUAAUGAGAAAUAUAAUAGAAAAUACAGAGGCUAUACAAACAAUACAAAUGUUAAUUUCGUAAUAUAUAAAGUAAAUUUUUGAGGCGAGGUUAAUAUAAUACUUUAAUGCAUACGGAAUUUUUCAUAACAUUUAGAAAUAUUUUCACAAGCAUUUAUAGAUUUUAAAGAAAAACCAACAAGAAAAUAGAUAAAUUACACAAUCUUUCUUUACUUUAUCUAUCAUGAAAUAUAAUAGCAUAAUUUAGAUCAAAAGGAGAUUAAGCCUGAAUUUUUAGUUCUGAAAGGAAGAAAGUUCUAAUGAUAUCUCAAAGCAUGAAGUUAACAGUUUAUUGAUAUGGGGAGUUCAUUCGGAUCUGAUCAAUGAUAAUUAUUUAAUUUUUUUUAUUUUAUUGUAGAAGAGUAAGCAAUAGAAGAGAGAGUAAGAAUAUAAUAUAUUCAUGAAAUCCAUACUCCAUUUUAUAGAUGAAAAUACAUUUUUUUAAUUCUGUGAAUGUAAAUGUCAAUCCAUCCUCAUCUCAAAAAUCCACUUUGUAUAUACAUAUUUAUAUACAAGUACAUGUGAUAAAUAUAUUAUUAUAUUCCUCUUAAGGUAUAUUGAAUGUGUUAAUACGUCAUAGGUUUAUAUAGAGAAGUGUGUUAAUGUAGUGACUAUCGUACUUGUAUAUAAAUCAGUGAACGAGAAUCGAUGAUGUUAGUUAUAUUUUGUCGAACAUAAUGUGUCAAUACUCACGUAUACGUAUAAUCUACGCUAGUUGAUGUUAAUUGAAUCUAUUAUGAUCAAGAAGCGAUAUCUAUAUAAAUUGUUUUUUUUUUUGUUAAGAAGUCACUUGUAGACACUGUCCAGAAAAAAAAUAACAGACUGAUUUUUAUAUUUGGAUUUAUAUAACCCCUCGUUUCCAUCAAAUAUAUAUCGUUCAUAUUUAAUAUUUUAUCAUAAAAAAAUUAUAAAUGGAUUAAUAAAAUAUCUAUACACUAUAAUUGAUACAUUAUAUAUUAGCAUAUUCAACUAUUAUUCAAACAUAAUAUAAUGUAUAGUGGUGGAAACUUGGUGUUAGUAUAUAAUACAUAACUACACAUAACUUAGUAUCUAGUAUUGCACUCCCAGAGAAUAAAUAAUAGUCUUAAUGAUAUGCCUUUAAACUUAAUCUUUUUGUUUUAAUACAUUAUAUAUUAUAAAAUUGUAUUUUUUUAAUUAAUUGGUAAUUUCAUUUGUAUUUUAAUGUAUUGUAACUGGUUUUACGUAAGUUCCUAGUAUUGUAAUGUUUUUUGCCCGUACAACGUAAUGGGAAUAUAACUAAUUUCUGAAUAUUUAAUUUUAAUUGAUUCAAUUGAACAGAAAGUUUACUGCAAUAUGAAAGUUUGAAAAUAA